CUUCCGGCGUCACCCGGAAGACUUGAUCAGGAAGGGGAAGACGAGAGUGCUUGCGCUCUCUGUUAGAAGCAUAGUCCAGAGGAUCAGCACCCACCAUGGCGUCAGGCUGCAAAAUUGGCCCGUCCAUCCUCAAUAGCGACCUGGCCUGCCUGGGGGCCGAGUGCACCCGGAUGCUGGAUUCCGGGGCCGACUAUCUGCACCUGGAUGUAAUGGACGGGCAUUUUGUUCCCAAUAUCACUUUUGGUCACCCUGUAGUAGAAAGCCUUCGAAAGCAACUAGGCCAAGACCCUUUCUUUGACAUGCACAUGAUGGUUUCUAGACCAGAACAGUGGGUAAAGCCAAUGGCUAUAGCAGGAGCAAAUCAAUAUACCUUUCAUCUGGAAGCUACUGAGAACCCUGGAGCAUUGAUUAAAGACAUUCGAGAGAAUGGGAUGAAGGUUGGUCUUGCUAUUAAACCAGGCACUACAGUUGAGUAUUUGGCACCAUGGGCCAAUCAGAUAGAUAUGGCCUUAGUCAUGACAGUGGAACCUGGCUUUGGAGGGCAGAAGUUCAUGGAAGACAUGAUGCCAAAGGUUCAUUGGCUGAGGACCCAGUUCCCCUCUCUGGAUAUUGAAGUAGAUGGUGGAGUAGGUCCUGACACGAUUCAUAAAUGUGCAGAGGUAACAACCACAUUGUCACGAGGAUGCUACUGCGUCCAACGCACAGAACACGUGCCUGUAACACAGCGAACUUCCUUGUAAUACCACUUGCCAUAAUGGUGAUGUGGAAGAGGCAUGAAGGAAGAGAGAGAAAUUUCAAGCAUGCAAGACAGAAAGCUGGGGCCAUGAUCUGCCAAUCAAGGUGAAGAUUCCAAAACGGAAUGUUCCCAGGAAAGACAGUUGGAGCCUGGCCAGAGGAGAUGAACUGAAAAACUUCUCUGGGGGUUUUCUGAUCAAAGGAGACUGGUUUCAUCUGUCCUGGGUUGACUGACCUGCAUAUAUCACCUUUUGAAAUGCUCUAUGGUCAGCCACUUUGGCAUGGUAGAGCCACCUUACUUGUCCAUGUUAAGAGGGGAAUGUGUUCUUUAUGAAUACUUAAAACAGAUACAAUGUAGGAUUGAAGAACUGAGGAAACUGGGUUUGCUUGUGCAAAGAAUACCUCUAGAUUUUUCGUUGCAUAAGAUAAAACCAGGUGUAACAACCCCAGCAUCUAUAAAGGUUGAUCAAAGAGAUCCAUGGUUCCAUGCUUCACAUGUGAAAUUGCAUCACACCCAUAAUACUGAGUAGCCCUAGGAAAAUAAUCGGUAAGCAGUAACAGUCCCUACUGAAAACAUAGAAAAGCACAUGAGAGAGGCAAGUAUGCCACCAGAACACAGACUAGAGAGCCCUGCACAUGUUGAAAUGAUUAAAGGAUAGCGCCCCUGAAGCAAAUAGAAUUUCAUGAAGGAAUACAGCCUGUAACACAGACAAUAAGAGAAAUAUACAUUUAGAACACUAGCAGCCAUAAGAAAAAAACCUAUAUGAUUUUUAUACAAAGUCUGCCAGCCAACCAUAGUAACAGAACAUAAAGAAACAAUGUUAUUUCAAAUGAAUACAUGAUUCUUUAAAUUCUAUCUCCAAGAAAUAAGUACAAUAAUCAUACAAGAAAUAAUCACAGUAACCAUAUAAUAAAUCUAGUGAAAGGUGAAACAACAAGAAUUCCUAUAUUCCUAGAUACUUCAAAUUAUUCUUUACUCUUUAAAAAAUCUUGAGAACUUAUGCAUAAUGCUCAUAUCCACCCAUGAAAUAUACAUGUACAGCUUACUUGCAUUCAUGAAGCUGUACAUAUGCAAAUCUUACCCUCAUGCAUGAAGAGAACACAUAUAAAUCUUACUUUCAGACAUGAAGAUUGAUAAAUUCUAACAAACAUUCAUGAAGAUUCUAUCUUACUUCCAUGCACAUGUAAAUUUCACUCUUACCUGCAUGCACAUGUAAAAACCUAACUUGCAUACAUGUUCGUGUGUUCCCGGUUCCUGAUUAUUCUAGUAGAUCCUGAUUUGAAGAACAUGUCUUCAAUCAAGACUAGAAGAUGAAGAGUGGCAUGCUGACCAGAGAGGAAGACAGAGUUCUACAAGCAGCAUAAAAGGACAUAGAAGGACUUUGGAACUUUGAAAUUUUGGAACUUGUGAUCAUAAGGAUAUGUAAGAAUGCAUCAUACGUGUUACCACCACAUAUGCAUUCACAUGCUACAUAGAAUUACACUUUAGGAAGACAUCUCAUGGAAUGGGCAAGUAUACAACAUGCAUAAUUGCAUAACAAAAAGACACUUUUUUGUGGAAAAUUCAAACAUUUCUUUUCUGCAUGAGAUUGCACAGAAAUUUAGAAUGCUGUACAUAUGUAAAUCUGUACUAAGUACAACCUAUGUGCACAUGUAAAUACUAAGUUACUAACGGACUAAUUUAAUUAGGAUAGUUAAUUAAUAUUCUAACUACUAAAAAUACUGACAGCCUAGUGAAUUUGUUCAAGUCUUAGGGAAAUAGAGACUGAAGUAUAGAAGUUAGAUUGCAUUAUGAUUGCAGGUUAGCAUUUGUUAGUAUUAGAAGAAUUUUCUUGGUUAAAUUUAGUUAUUAGGAAAUAGGACAAAAUUGCAUAUUCUGUAUGUUAGUGAAAUCAUUGGAAUGAUUUGAAAACUUGUUAUAAGGAUUUGUUAUGAAAUAACUAUGUCAUGUAAAUCCCUUGCCUGAACUAUUUUCCUAUCCCACUCUUAGCUUAGCACUAGGUAGGCAGAAUAGCUAAGAUAAGUUAGGAUUUUGUUAUUUGGGGGUGGUUAAGAGAAUAUUUCAUAUGGUACAGGGUUAAUAAUAGAUAGAUAGAAUUAUAAUAAAGGUAAGGAUCAUUAAAAAAUGUAAGGUGCAUUUUUUUUAAAGAAAAGGGGAGAACGUGGAAGAGGCAUGAAAGAGAGAGAAAUUUCAAGCAUGCAAGUCAGAAAGCUGGGGCCAUGAUCUGCCAAUCAAUGUGAAGAUUCCAAAAUGGAAUGUUCCCAGGAAAAGCAGUUGGAGCCUGGCCAGAGGAGAUGAACUGAAAAACUUCUUCUCUGGGGGUUUUCUGAUCAAAGGAGACUGGUUUCAUCUGUCCUAGGUUGAAGGGCCUUUGAGGGGGCUUCUGGAAUUAAUCUGAGAAGAAAUUAACUUUUGUUGGUGGCUUUGUGUAAUUGGAAGAAAGAAGAUUUAACAGUUGUCCUUCAUCUUUCUGACUGUUUCUGUCACAGCUGUGACAGGACUGAUAUUUCCCAAAAUCCUCCCAAUCCUCCUUAUAGAUUAGAGACACCUCUAUCCCUCUCACCUCAAUCCCCAUCCUGUUGUUCCCAAUAAACCCCCUUAUUUGAGAAAGGAAAAGAAAGGAGGUUUUCCUCAUGAAUCCCACAGUCCACUUGGGGGGGGGGUGAAGCCAAAAGGCUUCAAGAAGAGGGUGGUGAAGGGAAUGGUCGAAGGGAGGAGGAGGGUAGGAAAUAUCUUGAUCUAUUAGCCAUCAAUAGUGAUCAAUAGGCAAACCCAAAGUAACUCCUCUAGCAGCCUCUCUCUAUCUCUCAGAAGUACUUCUAUCUCCAUUUUAACAACUAGGCACCUUGAGGUUUCCCCUGGUAGUAGUGUCUCCAUUUAUAACUAGGCACUCACAGGUUCCCCUAGCAUCUCUCUAGUCAAGCCAGAGUAUAUCCAUUUACCACAACCAGGAAUAGUUCAACCCCGAUUGUCCUUCUUUAUUACAGUACCAAACCUGUUUACUGCUUCACAAAGGAUACUUCACUGUGAGAACCAGCAUAAAUCAUUAAUUACUAAACUGAAUACUGUAAAAUAUCCCCAAACCAAAUAGAAUAUUUUGUCUUCUCCCCCCAGAUUCCUUCCCAAAUGAAUCUUUGGCUAUUUAUACAGAUUUAUUUUCAUUGUAGUAUCAUCUGAAGAAGAAAUACAAAAGAAUAAUUUUACAAUCAACAUUAAUGCCCUUUUGGGUGGACUCUCUAAUGGCCAACUAGGUGGCACAGAGGAUAGAGCACCAGAUCUGGAAUCAGGAAGAUCUGAGUUCAAAUAUGGCCUCAGAUCUUUAUAGCCUAUGUGACAGUGGGCAAGUCACUUAACCUUUGUUUGCCUCAGUCUCCUCAAUUAUAAAAUGGGUAUAACAAGUCUCUACCUCCUGGGGUUGUUUUGAGGAACAAAUGAGGUAACAUUUGUAAAGCCUGGAACAGAGUAGGUGCUACAUAAAUGCGAACUAUUGCUAAAGCCACACUAUAGCUUCAGUACCAGUUGCCUAGCCCAGUUGCCUAGCCUUUGCUAUUCUUCUGCCUUGGAGCUGGUUUUUAGUACCAGUUACUUCUAUGUUACUUGAUAUUUAGUAUCGAUUCUAAGAAGAUAAGAAAAUAACUGCAUUGAGCCUCCUAUGAUUUCACUCAAGGACCCCGGGAUCUCUAUUCCUUUUUCAAAUAAACACGCCAUUGGAGAAUUUUAUUUCUGCUUGUGCCCCACUAGCCUCCCUGGGUGUGCGGGGAGAGAAGGGAGCAGAGGAUGAGGUGCCCUCCUGCUGCUUCUGUGACCCCCAGAGAAAGCGGCCUCUGCCUUUAGAGUUUGAAAUUGUCCCGUAGGUGAAAGAAAGCAUCUGCAGAAGAAAAAUUUCUGACUUUCUGUUGGAACUUUUCUUUGCUAAGUUAAAAGAUUAUUUUUUCUACUACUUUCAUGCAAAUUCUUGAACUCUGAAAACUUCCUUUAAUAAAAUGUGCCAAAUUUAAACUGUUUUAAGAUGAAUGAGGACAUCUAGGAAAAAAGAAGCCACAUGCUUUGUUCAAUAGAGACAUAGAUUUCUAUUUGAUUUAUUAAUUUAAGAAUUGCAUAUAGAAGCAAAGCCAAAGUGAAUAGCCUAUCACAGCCGUGGAUAAAAACAAUUGUUUUAAUAUUAGCCCAUUUUCAGAAGAAAAAAAAAGGAAAAUGACAUAGAUAUUAUAUUUUAAUUUCUCAGGGUAAUGGAAUUAGGUGUAACAUGUAAUCCAAAACAAAUGAAAAAUGCUCAAACUUGGCUAGUUUAAAAGUCUGUUGCUCCCUCAGAACCUCUCCCCGUCUAAGGUUUUCAUAAGUUCAAAUUCACUUUUAGAGUAUACCUAUAAUUUGCAUUUUUCCUUUCAAUAAAAAGGUAACUUACUUCUUCCCCUAAAUGAAAUUCUUCCAGAGGCCGCAGAUCAACAAUCCUCCAGCUGUUGAAGAUAUAAAUGGGUUCAAAUAUUAUUCAUUUACCAAAGUUGAAUUCUUAAUUUUUCUAAUCAAUUGAUCAACCAGUGAGCAUUUAUUAAGCACCUACUACAUGCUAGGCACUGUGCUAAGUGUUGGGGAUACAAAGACAAAAACAAUUCCUGCUUUGAAAGUUUAAAAUUCUCAAGAGAGAGAUUUUCUUAUGGUAUAUACAGAAUAGAGACAAAGAUAAGGUACUUCAAUAAAAGGACGGUCAUUAAAGAAGGGCACUAGUACUUGGGAGCUUAUGGAAAGAAGUCAUGUAUAAGAUGUAUCUUGAAGAGAGAUUCCAUGAGACAGAGGUGAAGAAGGAAUGCAUGACGGGAUAGCCAGGCAAAGCUACUGAGACUGGAGAUGAAGUACCAAGUGUGCAAAAGAAAAAAGGCCAGCUGGGCCAGAUGUCAGAGUACAGGAAGAGAAAGAACAUAAUACUGAGGCUCCAAAGACAGGCGGGGCCAGGUUAUGAAGAGCCUUAAAAUCUAAAUGGAGAAUAUAAACAGAAAUAAAGUAUAGGUGCUUUCCCUUGUUAUUUCCAUAAUCUAGUCUUCUUUUAAAACUAAUGAGAUUUUAAAGAAAGGAAAAAAUUCCAAAUGAAAUUUUGGCAAAAAGUCAGGAAAGUCAAGUAGAGGCUUCAUUUCUCCCAAAAGAAUGAACCCUAAACUGACUGGCUUAAUGUUUGAACUCACAGAUAAUUUUGAAACAAGCUACAAAUAAGUUCUUUAAAAAUAUAACCAGAAAUAUUUCUUUUCCACUCACAUUACUUUAUCUCACUCUCUCUAAGCUUUAAGUAAACACUGCUAAUCUUAUUCCCUCACAAGACAAAUCAAGGUAAAGCAAUAGUCAGUAUUUGUUAAGCACUUGUUAGGUGGGAAUUAAUACUGGGGGAGAGACGGGCAGUAAAUAAGACAUAGUGACUGCCUUUAAGGAAUUUAUAAUUUACCAGAACAUUCAUACUAUCCAGGACCCAGUAGGCUUAAGCACCAAAACUGAAUUCCAACUUUCUUAUGCUUGGACUCCUGUCCUAGUCUCUUCACUCAUCUCUUGACCCACUUCCGCUAAGCUUUGCCAACUCUAAUUAAUCCUACAUGCUACUUUUAUCAUGGUAUUCCCCUAUAAAUAACACAGAAGUGAAAACCAUGCCGAGAACAUAAGGCUCAAACUUCUUACCUUAGAAUUCAACGCUGUCUGUCCAGUCUAACCUCAUCUUCCCAAGGAAAAUUGUAUAUUCAUUGUAUCCUGAAUUGCAUAUUUUUGAAAGUGUCUCUGUUCCUGGAAUGCCUCCCCUCUUCCCCUCCAGUUACAGAGAUCCUACACUUUCUUGCUUACAGCCCUCUUGAAAGCUGAGACCCUCCUUUUUUAUGAAGCUUUCCUAUGUCAUCCCGGUAUCUAGAUUUUCUGAAUCCAUGAUGCUUAAUCUCACUAACAAUAACCUAGCGAUAUAACAUUUGCUUUCUUCUAAUCAACUUGUACAGUUAUUACAAAUAUUAUGUAUUAAUUUCUUGUUUCAUAGUUAAAUUGUAAUGGUGGUAUAAACAAGAAUAUGAAACCUCUUCCAUUCCUUUACCCCCAUCCCACACUAUUGUCUAUGUAUAAAUGCCCUACAAUUAAUUCAUAUCUAAUGAUUAAAGACUAAAUUUAGACUAGGCAUAAAAGAAACAAAGUGUUGGUAAAGUAAGGGCUUUUAAUGAGAACUCAACAUUUGCAUAAAGAUUUGUACUUUAUUUUAGCACCAAUGAAAAAUGUUUACACUUUGGCUUUUUUUUUAUGUUAACCCUCAAUUUUUCUUUCAUGAUAAGGGGAGGAGAAAAAGCAAAAUAUGACACUUUUAUAAGAAAUAUAACACUAUUUUGUUGUUGAAAUACAACACUUUCCCAAGAAUAAUUAAAAAACAAUCAGGAAGAAAAAAUAUAUACCUUGGAGUAAGUAUUUCUUUAUAUUGCAGCUUCUCCAACUUGGCUGGGGCCACUAGUGACAUAGGAAUCACAAUAUUAUCUAUGUCAUAAGAGCUCUCACUUCUUAAUCUCCGCCUUGUCGUAUUCUGCAAAAUAUAAUUUUGCGACACAAUCUAUAGUUAAAUUGUGUCUAUCAUAAUCAAGAUAAACCUAAAGAUUGAAGGAACAGAUUCUUUUUUUCUAAUAUUUAUGUAAGUUACAUUUAAGGGGUUUGGGAAUCUGGCUCUAAAAUCUGAAGAAAAAAGAACUGGGAAAGCCCAACUUGGAAUUCAUAUUAGUAAUCUAAAUACAAAAUAUGUAUUUAAAGUCACAUCCUUUUUUUUUUGGUUGGGGGGGGGGGUUCAAGAAUUCAUUAGAAUUGUCCUAUGCAUUAAAAUCCAAGCCCAGUUUUGUGUGCCCAUCUUUUCAUGGUUCAUUCAACUUAAGUCAAAAGAACCCUAGCAUCUAAUUGCAGCCACCCAGAGCAGGCAUUCCUAACCUGCAUCCAUUAACUAUUUUGGGAGUAACUAAUAAUAAAUGAAUAAAUAAUGAUAGUAAAAUUGGUUUUCUUAUUUUAUGUUAUACAUUUUGACAUUAUUCUGAGAAGUGGUUCAGAGACUUUGCCAGAUUGUGAAAGGGGUCCAUGCCACACUUAAAAAAAAAAAGGUUCAGAACCUUUGACCAAGGGAAAAAAGAAAAUAAAGAGUAGAGAAGACUUAAUUUAAAAAUCUAAAGCAUCCUGCUAAGUCUUCCUCUAAAAUUUUCACCUUAAAAUUAUGAUUGGUCUUAUAGUCCAGGCUUUUUAUAGAUUGAUAAAUAGAAUUGUUUAGUGUGGAGAUCCGCCACAUUUCAAAUUUACUAUGCUUUAGCUUAUUAACAUGUAGGUUAACAAAAGAAAGGGAUAAUGGUACUCUUUGCUACAUUAAAAAAUGCUACUAAAUGGAAUGAUUGAAUUUAUAGUUUGCCAUAUUUUAUCAAGCUGGGGGAGAAAAGGUCCUACCAGAAUUAGUUGAUACUAACCUAGAAGUCAAAAUCUCUACAUUUUUCUAUUUGGAAUAAUUCAUUUCCUUCAGAACUUAGCAGAGUACCUGGCACAUAAUAAGUGUUGAGUAAAUGUUUAUUGACUGAUUGAUUUAGGGCAGCAUAUCAGCUCUGUAAAAAGAAGAAAAGCUUAUCUUUAUUUUUUUUAAUUGGUAGCAACAAAGUUGGGGUGGAAAGAGAUCUGGCCCUAUAGUCAGAAGCCCUGGGUUUAAAGUCCCCCUGCAACACUUCCAACCUCUGAACCAUAUAUUUUAAGUUAAAAAGGCCCUUGGAAGUUCCUCAUUUUACAGAUAAAAAAACUGAGGCCCAUGAAGAUGAAGUAACUAUGGCCUUGAUUUCACAACCCGUGCUUGUUUUGUACUACCCCAUACUGCCUUUUCAUUUCAUGACUGUGUAACCCCAGACAAGUCACUGCAUCCUCCUCAUCCUUAGGCUCCUCAUCUGCAAAGUAGGAAUAUUACCAGACACUACCUUCCCCUAAAGGUUUUUUUAAGGACAGUGCUUUAUAAAGCACUUGGUAAAUAUAUGUUGGUAUUGUAUAAUGAAAGUUCUGAGCCCACUAAGUGAUUUUCUCUAACCGUCAAAAAUGAAGGUUAGGUUGGCCUAGAUUAUUUCUAAAGUUUCCUUCCAGCUUCAUUUUGCUGCCUUCAAAACAAAUCUGGCCUCAGAAAUUAUUUUCCUGCCUUUACUACCUCUUCUCCUGAAAAAAAAAAUUCUGAGCAAGUUUUCUUAUUGACAAGUCUAUUUCCACUUUGGAAAGUAUGGGCCUAAGAAGCCCCUAGAAGAGUGAACUUUACUUUCAAAGAUUUUAGUUCAAUUCUGAGUGCAAAAGUGGAUUUUGUAUAUGUAUGUGUAUAUGUAUGUUAUAUAUAUAUAUGUGUGUGUGUGUGUGUGCAUAUAUAUAUAUAAAUAUAUUCCUAGAAAAGAAGAAGCUGUAGCUAUAGGACAAUGUGUGGCUUUUUUAAAACACACACAAAAAAGUAUGUUUUGCUUUCAUAAAAUUCAGGCCUCAAAAUAUGAUCAUUCAAAUCAGGCUAAUACCAAACAUCCCACCUUUUAAAAGUGAACUUGUGGUUGUAUUAUGGAGCUUAUUAUGGAGCUCAGCAACUGUGUUAUAACUAGUCUUGGAGAACUGCCUGGGUUCUGAGAGAAUAAGUAACUUGUUUGAAGUCAUAUGACCACUAUAUGACAAAGGCAGAACUUGAACUUGGGGCAUUCCUAACACAGAGCAAAGUCGUUAUACGUUGUGGCAUAUUGCUAUCUCAACAAUUCCCAAGUGGUUAAUUAAUAUCAAGGGCUGUUACAGAUUAGCUAAGAUGCUUUAUCCACGGAAAGAGCCCGCAAAAAUAAAACAUAAAAACAGUUUAUUUUUAAGACUCUUUGUAAUACAAUUUUAGUAAUCAAUUAAAAAUACAUACUUGUGAUGAAUUCUGGGUUGACCUAGAUAUCAUAUUGAUAUUAGUGACCGCAGUAAAACUGUUAUGGGACCCUGAUUCCGUAUGUUGUAAAGUAAAUUCUUCAAACCUAUUUCUUUCCCCUGUCAGAAAAGAAAACAUCAAGAAUGUAAUAAAUUAAAAAAGGGCUGAUGGAGCAAGAAAAGUAAUAAAUCACCUCGAUACCUAGGUUCCACAUUAUACAAGAAGCCUAAUCACAGCACUCCCAGCAGGGAAUCAACGAACUAUAGAGAUCUGAUGAGACUUUUAGUCAAUUAUUCUCUCCAAAUGCUUGUCACAGCCAAAAACAAAUCUUGUUUUAUUGACAUGUUACAAAGUGCUAUUACUUACCAUCUUAAUAAUUGUUCCCACAGAAAUGUUUUAUCACCUGUGAAUUACUGUUUUAUGCCUGAGAUUAACCUGAUUUUAACAUAUUAUGAAAAGUUAGCCUUUACAAUUUAUGAACAGUGAUUAUGAUCAACCUAGUAAUUACAAAAUCUUACCAAAAAAUUACAAAAUUACAAAAAAACAAAAGAAAUCACAAAUGGUUACUCUGAGAGUUGGGAACUUGGUGAUAAAACUAGUGCCCAGUAAUACCACAUGGAGAGCCGUUACUAAACCCUGAGAGGUCCCUCGCUGUGGAAGAUGUACAAAGGGCAGCACGGCUAUUGCGCCAUCAGGAAUGAUGAGCCAGAUGAAUUCACAAAAACAUGGAAAGUCUUACAAGAACUGAUGUAAAGUCAAGUGAGCAGAAGCAGGAGAACAUUGUAUACAGUAACAGCAAUAUUACACUGAUCCACUGUGAAGGACUACAUCAUCAUCAGCCAAGCAAGUCUCCGAGAUAACAACCACCAGGACCUCCCUCGGGCACAGAGCAUUCCAUCUUCCCCUCUUGUUUCCUUCAUGAGAUAUCUAUCGCCCUUGGGAUGUGUGUCUUCUAUCAUAACAUGAGCCAUAUGGAAACAGCAUCACAUGAAUGUAUGGCUAGGAAGUGGCGCACCCAUCCAGUGCCAGUCUGGAUAUGCUGGUUUUAUUAGGCCUCUGUUAGGUCUACAUAAUAAGGCUCAGCUCUGCAGCUUGCUAGCCAAAGUGGUGACCUAAGAUUUUGUUUUCCUUAUUUUUAAAUUGGUGAUAAUACUACUAACACUGCCUGCUUUGUGGCAUUUGGAGAGGGGGUGGAGGAGGAUGAGGGGGAAACAAGCACUUGAUAAGUGUGAAUGAUUAUUACAAGGUAGCUUAUUUUGUUUAAGCAUUUUCCUUAUCAAUAAAACCAGAGGAUAGACUGGGAUCAUCUCUAAGGUCUCUUUAAUCUCCAUGUCCUGUGAUCCUAUAGUACUAAACAAAUUGUGGAAAUCAAUAGCUUUUUCAGAAUAUCCUGAGUUUUCACAUUCUUGACAUAAACAAUUUUAUUUGAAAUAUUUCCUGUUUUCUCACUUCAAUUUGCACUCUUCAAGUUCAUUAACACUUUAAAAUAAAUGAAAUUUGUUAUUGCUUUAUUACCAAGGAAAUCACACAUCCAUUGCCCACCUCCCACCCCCACAAAGACCUUACUCAUUCUACUUCCUUUGUCAAUACUAUGACAAAGAGCACAGGGCAAGUAAGGGCUUGAAGGACCUUGGUAAGGGCUUAAUUUUUCUUUUUUUUUUUUUUA